AUGGCAGGUUCAGCCUCAGCCUCAGACACAAAUGCAGACGAACCAUGCGCCUUGCUAUCGCCCGCUUCCGUAGCAGAAUGGCCACCGCAAACCAAAAGUAACGUGCGGCGCUCGAGUAUUGCGCCGUUCACACCGGCUUGGUCGAUUGGGGUCAAGAACGAGGAAUUGGACGGACUUGAUGAGGGACAGAAACGCGACAAGUUGGCGGAUCCGGAGCUACUGAAGCGUGGGCGAGAGGCCUUGGAGCAGGAGCUGGAAGAUGAGUUGUCGAAUGACACGUUGAAGGCGUAUAUCGACGAGGAUCUGGAUGUCAGGGCUGGCUUUAUCGCCGGUAUUGGAUUUAACCAACUGUACCAAUGCCAAUCGUGGUAUAGUGCGUAUGUGUACUACCGGCUGAAGACGGAAGACGACGAGGAGAAUGGCAAGCACAAGGGUGAAGACAUCCAGGAUGCUGCUAAUGUCCGAGACUAA